GUCAAGCUGGCAACCGUCUGAGGACUGACCGGUGGUUUCGGUAGAACCGGAGGAGCCCUCCUCGCGAUGAGGGGGUACCUCCAUGUGUUUCAGUCCAGCGUACCUCUGACAGAUAGGACGUCAUGCAGGUCUCAAUGGGAUUGUACCAUCGACAGCUUCAGCCUGUAGAUUGGGGUCUCGGAGAUAACGUUAGCCCCUAAAGAAAAGUUGAUAACGGCAUCCUCGUCUGACCAUUGCAUGCUGCAUGUUUAAUUUCUUCAUCAUCACACAACUUCAUCCAGUCCGAUCGCUGUUUUCAACUCUGUUACAUGGUUCUGUAGAAUUACCUAAAACUUCUCUUCAUCUAUCGCUUUGUGUGCUGUGAAUCUGUCACCAUGAAGCGAGACAGGGCUAACUCCACGCUAUCACUGUCCUCAAAGAAACAGUCCAGGGACGGGACGAACCGUGACCAAGAGUUAGAGCGGUUGCGGGCUGAUCUGGAGGCUGAGCAGAGCCGCAGACAGCGGGCCCUGUGGCGUUUCUCCGGGGAGCUCCGGCAUCUUCGGGAGGAGGCCGAGUCUGAGCUUCAAAGGGCCUGCAAGGAGUUGACCUCCAGGCUGGCUUGUCAGAAAGCCACCCUCAGUCCUCCUAACUCCAAGCCCCCUGCCCGACUCAUCCAGAACGCCCCCAUCCAACGGGAUAACGUCGGAGGUCAUGGAAAAGAUGUGCCAAGCAGGAAGGCCGGGUCCUGUCGAGGCACUGGUAAAACCGAUCACAAGCUGCAGCAGCUCCUGCUGAGGUUUUACCAGGAGGUCCACGCGGAGGAGGAAGUCUACGACCCGCGCGACAGGGAGGAGUUUGAGCUGGAUAAGGCCUCCUUCCUCUGCCGUCUGCUAGAGAGCCAGGGCAGACCAUCCAAGGGGAGGCAGAGCCACAGAUCUGAAGCGACUUUAAGAGCUCCGAGUCAGGGGCUCAGAGGCGACCACAGCUGUCCUCCUAAGCCUCCUCAGAACUCGCCCAGGUCCUCCACACACAGUCCCCAGAGCGCUACCCCACCAGCACCCCAGAAGAAGCCCAGGCCGGGGCGGCCGGACGUGCCUUCAGGGUGGGACGCCUUUACGGCCCACCAUGUGUCCACUGUGGUGUUAGGGGACACCUGUUGUAGCGGAGCCCCGGACCCCGACCCCCCAGACUGCUCUCCUCAUGCGGGUGGUAACCCCCAGCCUUCAAACCACUCCACUGGAUCAGAGGAGGAGUCACCUCCAUACAAAUGGUCAGAGAGAGCCAUGGACCAGCUUCGACAGAUAGUGAUGUAUGACCUGUGCACUCGACCUGAGCAGCCUAAGCCUGCCACUGAAGACACCCAGAUGGAUGGCCCUGAGGAGGCCGAAGCCCCCGAACCACAGCAGCAGAAGACUGAGGAGCAGGAGCCUGCCCUGGACCGGACACCCCUGGCCACCACCAAACUGGCUCCCACGUCACUGCUAGGGAAACGCCACCACUCUCUCUAUGCAAACCUGAAUGGUUUUGAGCAGGAGGGGAUACGCAAGAACGGAACGGACUAUGGGUUCCUGGUGCGUCAGAACUCGGAGCUCCUGCGUGCACUGGAGGAGCUGGAGAAGACGUGCACGGCCCUGAAGGAUGAGAACGGCCUCCUGCGGAAGAGCAGCGCCCCGGAGACGGAGGAGAAGGUCAGGCGCCUGAGGAGGAAGAACACGGAGCUGGCCGUGCUCGCCAAGCGGCUGGAGGAGCGGGCGCGCAAGCUGCAGGAGGCCAACCUCCGAGUGGUGAACUCCCCGUCCCUCCUGCGGCCCGGCACGGGGGAGCACUACAAGAGGGCGUUCGCCCGGCAGCGCGCCCGUGACCUGGCGCACCACGCCGACACGCUGCUGUCCAAGGACAAGGAGUUCGCCUCGCUGCAGAACGAGUGCCGGGCUCUGGAGGCCCAGCUGGGCGGCACCAAGGGCUCCCACCCCGUGUCGUCCGGUGGGUCUGAGUUUGAGCGCCUCCUGCGGGAGUCCCAGAAGGAGGUGCUGCGGCUGCAGAGACAGCUGGCCGUCACCUCCUGCUCCAGGGGGGGGCGGGACCCCAGCACUGCCGGACCCCCUAGACCCCCUGACCCGGACGGCCCCCCGGGCCCCCGAGGACCCCCGGACCCCGCCGGUCCCAACGGCCUCGAGGGUCACGCCCGUCCCAAUGGCGUUGGCGGUCUCCAUGGGGAUCUUGAUGACCCAGGGAGGGCGGGCGAAACCCCCUCCAGGAAGCAGGACGAGCAGGCUGCCAGUGAGACCCCUGGUGUGGUGGUAGAUGAGGCUCCAGCCAGACGCGAGGAGGCUCCCAGAGAGGAGGAGGAGGAGUCGGGGUCGCCAGUGACGCCCCCCAGGGGCCCGAACCCGCCCCCCGCCCAGCAGGACCACCCGUCAGAGGAGCACCGUCUGCACUGUCUGGAACGAGAGCUGUGCACCAAGAGAAAAGAAUGUGAAAACCUCGAGCAUGAAGUAAAGAAGCGACAGAAGAGAUGUCUGGAUUUGGAGAGCCAGCUCGAGGAUGAGCGAGGCAGACAUGGUUCACUAAAGGAGGAGUCCAAUCUCCUAAGGAGGAAGGCGCAGCUGCUUGACCAGACUCGGGCUGAGAAUGAGGACUUGAGGGAAGACCUCUCGGAAGUGACCGCUCAACGCAAUUCCGUUCUCGAGGAGAACCAGAGACUCCGUGCCAAACUGGAGAACCUAGAGCAGGUCCUAAAGCAUAUGCGAGAGGUCGCCGAGCGAAGACAGCAGCUGGAAUUGGAACAUGAGCAGGCACUGGCAAUCCUCAAGUUCAAACAGGAUGAGAUCAAACGGUUGCAGCGGGCUCAGUUAUUCGCCAAGAGAGAGCAUGAAGGGGUGGUGCACAUGCUGGAGGAGUUGAAGCAGUUUGUGUGGCGGAGAGAGCUGACCAAGGUACGCGACCUGGAGGAGAAAUGCCGCAGUCAGAGCGAGCAGUUUGGCAUGCUGUCCCACGAGCUGGACCAGUUCCGUGUGCAGACCUCCAAGGUGGACCUGGCCAGCACUAGCCUUCUCUCCAGCCCCAACCUCUCGGUUCUGACCAAUGGGGUGGUGGGCCUGCCUAUGGAGCGAGACUGCAGUGGCACCUGUGAUCUGGUGCUACUGAGUGACAUAGCCUUCUGGAGCCUAGAGGGAGGGGACUCUCUGCCCCCAUGCCCCGACGCGUGGGCUGGGGAGCCCCUGCUGGAUGUGGCGGCCCCCCUGCGCUCCCUGGGGCCCUCGCCCCACGCCACGGGGUUCAGCCGGGUGGAGCGCGCCCCCGCCACCAAGCACCGCGAGCUGCCCACCAUCAGCGUCAGCAAGUCAGGCUCCACCUCCAGCAGGUCCCCCGAGUCGGCCCACCUCAGCCCCCGCUCCGACGCCCACCUCAGCCCCCACAAGUCCAGCUCGGCGCACGAGGUGGACACGGCCAGCGAGGUGGAGGAGCUGGACGUGGACAUCGCCCCCGCCCCCUACAGCGCCAGCAGGGGAGCCGCCAAGCUGCAGGUCUUCAUUGGCCGAUACAGCUACAACCCCUACGACGGGCCCAACGACAACCCCGAGGUGGAGCUGCCCCUCACGGCCGGGGAGUACAUCUACGUGUACGGUGACAUGGACGACGACGGCUUCUACGAAGGCGAGCUGAUGGACGGGCGGCGGGGGCUGGUCCCCUCCAACUUCGUCGAGCGCGUGUCGGACGACGACGUCAUGGGCUCCCAGCAGCCCGAGACCACGGACCCCGGCUCCCACAACUCCCUGCUGGACGCCAGCCUCCACAGUGCCAGCCCCCAGCACCACCUGCCCCCCCACCAGCACCACCUCGCCGCGGCGGGCCCCCGCGGCUCAGAGCGCACCGAGGCGGCGGCGGCGGCGCCCCCCGUGCCCGCGCCCAGGACCCUGUCCCCGGCCACGCCCGCCCCGUCGCCCCCCGUCGCCGCCGCCGCCGCCGCCGCCGCCGGCCCCUCCCCCCCGACCCCGCCCCCCCUCACCAACGGCCUGGACCUGGACCUGGACGAGGUGGGGCUGGACGUCGUGCCUUACCCCCGCCGGCUCACCCUCAUCAAGCAGCUGGCCAAGAGCAUCAUCAUCGGCUGGGACCCGCCGCUGGUGGCGGCGGGCUGGGGCGACGUGUGGAGCUACAACGUGUACGUGGACCAGGAGCUGCGGCUCAACGUGCCGUUCGGCGCCCAGACCAAGGCGGUGCUGGAGCGGCUGGACGUGCACCUCAAGGCGUACCGCGUGUCGGUGCAGAGCCUGACGGAGCGCGGGCCCUCGGACCGGCUGGCCUGCAGCCUGCUGGUGGGGCGGGACGUGUGCGUGGCGCCGACGCAGCUGCGCGUGGACCGCGUCACGGCCACCGCCGCCCACCUCUCCUGGCUGCCCAGCAACAGUAACUAUGUGCACAUCGUGUCCUUGAACGAGGAGGAGUGCGAGCUGGUGAAGGCCGGCUGCUACUCGCUGUGCCUCAGCAACCUCGCGCCCAGCCUGCAGUACUCCGUCAAGGUGGAGGCGCGGCCGCACCGCACGCCCUGGGAGCUGCCCCUGGAGCGGCGCGAGCACCGCAGCGCGACCACCGCCUUCUCCACGCUCAUGGCCGGCCCUCCGGACGCCCCCCUGGACGUGCAGCUGGAGCAGGGUCCCUCCCCCGGGAUCGCCCUCAUCAGCUGGCUGCCCGUCACCAUCGACGCCGCCGGGACCUCCAACGGGGUCCGCGUCACCGGUUACACCAUAUAUGCCGACAAGAAGAAGGUGCUGGAGGUGUCGUCCCCCACCGCGGGCAGUGCCCUGCUGGGCCCGUCCCAGAUCCACAGCCUGCAGCUGGCCCAGGAGCUCACCGUGCGCACCACCUCCGCCCACGGCGAGUCCAGCGACUCCCUCGCCGCCCCCGUGCCCGCCAAGCUGGCCGCCAUCAUGGCCGGGCCGCCGCCGCCCGCCGCACCGGCCGCGCCCGCCCUCCCCGACGCCCCCUUCCCCUCCCAGCCCCCCACCGUCCCGUACGGGAACUCUGCUGCCAAAGUGUCGGCGCUGCCCCUCGACACGGCGCCGCUGGACGCCCUCGCCGCGGCACACCUCCUCGCCGCGGGGGACGCCGCCGCCGCACACCACCACCCCCACCACCCCCACUACCACCACCCCCACCUCUACCUGCAGCAGAUCAACGUGACCUCGCCCAGCGCUUUCGUCUCACACCCGGCGGCGUUACCGCCGCCGGUCGCCGCCGCCCCCGCCCCCCCGGCGGCGGUGGUGGCCGUCCUGGUGGACCACCGCCGGGACGCCGACAGCCCCGGGACCAUCCGGCCCUUCCCCUCCAUCUCCGAAUUCCUCCAGGAGGAGCCCAGUGCCAAGCUCUGCACCCCGGAGCGCGUCCCCAGCCCCCCCAAGGCCCCGGCGGCCGACCUGCUCAACCCCUGGGCCGCCGCCCCCCCCCUGCGGCCCCGCAGCGCCUCCCCGCUGGAGUCGGAGGCGGAGUCGGAGGCGGAGAACACGCGGCUGGUGUCCAUGGAUGACUUCCUGUCCCAGGGCCAGGACCCCCAGUAUGCCCGGAGGGCCCCGGGCGACUACAUCGCAGACAACAGCCGCUCGGACCUGUCCGACAUCCUGGAGGAGGAGGAGGAGGACUACUACUCGGACCACCGCGCGGACUCCCACCGGGGCUACGCCGCCAGGCGCCACAAGUCGGACCCCCCCGACAGCGACGAGGAGCCCCCCGAGCGCAUCCUCACCCUCCCCCGCCAGGCCCGCCACAACCCGGACCUCUUCCUCAUCCCCGAGGAAGAGGGCGGGCGCUGCCCCCUCCACCGCCAGCCCCGCCCCCGGGCCACCUUCCCCCACCCCCGCGACGGACAGCACCACCACCACCCUGCGCCCAGAGAGCCUUCGGCCCCCGGCCACGGGGGGCGCUCCCGGGCCCAGCAGCAGCGGGCGCGCUACGCCGACCCGGCGGGCCCCACCGGUUACCCCGACGACGACGGCGAAUCCAGCCUCUACGAGGGGCCCUGCAGCCACCGGGUGUCUGGCCCCGCGGCGGCCCCCCCCCAGGCGGCCCCUCGCGCCCGGGAGCAGCCCGGCUCCAAGAUCGGGGGGCUGGGGGACCGGCUCCGGAGGGAGGCCCUGCGCAGGAGCCAGAUGGCGGCGGCGGCGGCGGAGGCGGCGGAGGGGGGGGCGGGGUUAGGGGCGGGGCCCCCGGGGGCCUACAUGGUGAGCAAGACGGUGCGGACGCUGCGCUCGCCGGCGGGGCCCGCGGCGGAGAUCGACCUGGAGUACGGCUCGGAGGACGGCGAGGAGCCCGGGGAGUACGGCCGCGGGGAGGUGGUGGUGGACCAGAUGAGCUCCGAGUGGUGGGUGGAGCCCACGGGGGGGGAGUACGGGAGGCUGCUCCACGACGCCCGGGGCCCCAAGCAGGAGCCGCAGGCCCACCCCGCCGCGGGCCAGCCGCAACGGGAGGCCGAACGGGAUCCGUCCACUGAGGCCAGCCCAGCGCGGGAAGGAGCGACCUCGCAGGCCAGGCCGCCCAGAGGGGCGACGGAGCCCCAGCCCAGCGUCGGGGAGGGCGACGUCCGGAUCUUCGUGGCUCUGUUCCCCUACGACCCCACCUCCAUGUCCCCCAACACGGACGCCUCGGAGGACGAGCUGCCCUUCAGAGAGGGGCAGAUCAUCAAGGUGUACGGGGAGAAGGACGCGGACGGGUUCUACCGGGGGGAGUCGGCCGGUCGCCACGGCUACGUGCCGUGCAACAUGGUGUCGGAGCUGCAGGUGGAGGACGAGGAGACGCGGCAGCAGCUGCUGCAGCAGGGCUUCCUGACCACCCAGGCCUCCAUGGAGAAGAUAGGCUCUCGCUCACAUGCUCCGCCCCCACGCCGCCCUGCCCCGCCGCCCAAACCCAGGCGAUCCAGGAAAGUGGAGUCUGCUGCACUCUGGGAGGAGAGUGUAGACUCCUGCAGUCCAGACUCCAGCCUGAGCGCUCCUGCGUCUGCUGCCGCCCCCACCACCCCCACCACCACCACCACCCCCGCUGUAGGCAACCCGGGCCCUGGAGCCCGGAGGAUGGUGGCCAUCUUCGACUACGACCCCAGAGAGAGCUCCCCAAACACGGACAUAGAGGCUGAGCUGACCUUCAGCGCCGGGGACACCAUCCACGUGUUCGGGGACAUGGACGACGACGGCUUCUUCUACGGGGACCUGAACGGACACAAAGGCCUGGUGCCCUCCAACUUCCUGCAGGCUCUGCCCGACGAGGACCCCCCGGCACCGCCCCCCCUGGCCCAGCCCGCCCCGGAACCCAAGAGAGACCCCCAGAAGGUGAGCCCGACCAGCGCCGCAGAGCAGCUGGACCCAGAGCCGCCCCCGCCGCCGCCGCCGCCCCACGAGGCCCGAGGCCCCGCGACGGAGCCUCCCUGCCCGGAGCACACGGAACCUGAGGCCGUUGACCCCGCCUCCGACCCCGCCUCCGACCCCGCCUCCGACCCCGCCUCCGACCCGGGGUCCGACCCGGUGUCAGACCCCGGCCUCGGCUCCCCUCCCCCGCCGGAGGCCCAGGCGGACUGCUCCCCCCCAGAGAAGAAGAAGAAGAGCUUCUUCGCCAAGGGGAGGAAGCUCUUCAAACGGCUGGGCUCAGGCAAGAAGGACUAACAGCAAGGGAGGGAGGACAGGUCACAUGACCGCCACGUCACAUGACCGCCCAUAGGGGGGGGGGGGGGGGGAGACAGGUCACAUGACCGCCAUGGAGGGGGGGCAGGUCACAUGACCCGCUACGGUCAGGCCACAAAGAAAGCGCUUUUAUUUUGAAAGGACCUUUUUUCUUUCGCCUGGAUCACCUCACUCCAGGAGGUCAGAGUUCUCUUUGUCGAUCCAACGCACUGCACUGACCCACAAACUCAGUAUUUUUGGGUUGUAGUUUUAUCUUCAGAUCUACUUUAGUGCACCUGCUGUGGCAGAUAGGAAACCAACAAGGACAAUAAUCCAGCCUGCAUGCAGAGGCGCGUGGGGAGGGAACCAGAUAGACGUGUUAGUACAUCUGCAUACAAGCCAGUAGUCCCAUUAUUCUGAGUAUCUUAGAUACGACGUUGCUCUUCAAUUAAGCCCCUUAAAGACUUUCAAACUCAAGAAUCAUAUGCAUACUAAUAUUUAGUUCUCAUUACGAAAUCGAUCACAUAGCUCGCAUCCACUAGUCGCUCCCUGGACAUGCAUGUACGUACACGCAUACGAAAGUCUUUAACUCUAGGGCUUGGGCGAAUAAGUCAACUGUUUAUGACACCCUUCAGUCAAUAGAAGAUUGAAUAUAUCGGGACAGUAUAUUAUUACGGUAUUUUAAAUUAUUCUAAAUGACUAGUGUUGUGGGUAACAUAAGGUUAGCGUAGCUUCACUCACAUGUCAUUUCCUGAGAGGAAGUUGGAAGUAUUUUUUACUUUAUUAUUAUCUUUCAAUCGUAACUCAGUGAUGCUAACUUUUGGUCUGCAGCCCGUCAGCAUGACAUUGAGUUUGUGGAUCUACAAGCGUGCGAGCAACCAGCAAGCUGUUAUCAUCACACGACAUGGCGUAACAUCAUGUCUAAAACGCGUAGAUUUGACAUUUUAAUUAUUCAACAGCUAAUGUUUUAAUAAAAAUGUAAACAGAAAAUGUUAUUCUUAACAUUUACCAGAAUUUAGUAUUCAAUCAAACAGUACAAGUAACAAGAUAGUAGAGACUUGUGAGUGCCAACCACGCAUAUACAUUCUCCUUUACGAAGCAUACAUACAAAUAUAUGUAUAAUUAUUUUGAAAGUAUAAAAAGUAUUCUGAGCCAUUUUCAAACAUUUGUUUAAACAUGGCUGUUGCCUGGUAUGGGAUCAUUAUUCUCAUUGCGGUAUUAAGUCACACAGUUUAGCAUUGACUAGGGAGCCUGGUUUUCUGUCUCGACCCGUUUUGCAUUAUGACAUUAUAGAUCAAACCACGGCAUGUAGAAGCUUUGACCUCCAAGUGACGCAAUCGUCCGUCCGUCCGACCAACGAUUAGGAACAUCCGUGUAUAAUAGUUUCAGAUUUUAAGCAGCAAUGCAUGCUCUUAGUCUUAAUUUAGACCACGCUUUUGAAGCUAAUGUGUCGGCUAAGGCUUAGCUUAGCUUUUCAGACGGGUCUUGAACUGUCUUAGCGUUGCUGCUUAUCCCAUGAGCCCCGGGCAACGUAAUAACACCCAGCGAUCGUCUUUGGUAGAAAAAGUGGUUUGUCCCGACACAGGGACGUGAAGUCAUUUUCUCAGGUUUGUGAUUUUAUUUCAACUAUUUUGUGGAUUCUGUGUGCGCCAGUCUGCAGGCCAUAGGGGUCGGAUCAGCGCGUCUCAGAACUACAGAGGAUGCCAAACUCCACGGUGCUGUUAGCCGGUUAGCGUAGCGUGCUAGCAUAGCAUAGCUGGUUAGCCAAGCCGAGAGACGAGACCCAGUGGCGUGCGCGGAACACGGCCCCGAUAGAGGACGGUGAGUCCGUAGUUUGUACAGUUGGACUCAAGUCGCAGUUUGGUAGAAGUAUAGGCCGCACCUGGUCACAAUUCAUUUAGCUCUUUGGUUCACGUGUCAUGACUGUUGUUAGGUUUAGGUUCAGUACAUGUACUGUAAGUCUGUGCUACAUAAAAGGGAGAAGAAUAAAGAGCAGAGAUGCCAAGGAAGAACACAAGUGGGGAGGGGGGGGGGGGGGGGGGGGGUUAACAAUGACACUUUAGACUUGGGCUAACAGUUACCGAUAAGAGAGCGAGAAUUGAGGUCUGUGUAUUUAUUUAAUAUUUAGUUAUUUAUCGGGUUUUAUGUUCAUGUGGUUGGUUAAGGGGAUGCCUCAAAGUUGCUGAAAUGUACAGGGACAAACAGUUGUACCACUAUUUUGUAUUGGACGGCCUUUAAUGCAAUUCAAGCACUCCCUCCCCCCCCCCUCCCUUUUCUCUUCCUCUAGCUUGCUAGCACAUAUGCUAACGCUAACAUAAGGCGGCUACACUGUUAAUGCUUAUCUAUAGCGGACUGUUUAGCUUCCGCCAGCUGCCCCCCCCCCCCCCCCCCCCCUUACUCAGUCCCCCCCGUCCCCCGACUAAGGCCUAGAGGCAUAGGUAGCGUUUAGAAAGGGUCCACGAAUAAUACUAAUAUUUAGCCUUACGAGACCUUGUUUAGUCUUAACACGUUGUUUACAGGAUGUUUAUUGGCUGCGUUGCAUGAUGAUGUUCUGCCCGUCUUCUGCCUUAUUUAUGUUAUUUAUGUCCGUGUUUGUCGCGUCGUCGUCGUCGGGGUCCACUCUCACGUGUUCUGAGCGAGCGUUGAAGGAUCCGUAGGGCGCAGAAGGCCGUAGAGUUCGUGUCUGUACAUAAGGAACAGAGUUCGCUGUGUGGAUUUUUCGACUGUGGUAUAUUUUCAUACGAGAGAACUUUUUCUUUUUUUUUCUUUUCUUUUCCUUUUUCCUGAUCUGCGUUCGUUCUUUGAAACCGAGGGAAGAGUUACCUUUUAUAUAUUCAUGUUUUUAUUACCCUUUUGGAAGCUCAUGUGUAAAUAUUUUUGUUAAUAUGUUUUUUUUUCAGACGUCUUUUUGCAUGUCAAGACAGUGUUGGUUGGAGACAGUAACUAAGGGGUUAAUGCACAGGACGGAAUUGGUGGGGAAUUCAAUAUGAGUCUUUUUACUGGAAUAAAGUAUGUAUAUUUUCACAGAAAAAGUGGUGCUGAUCUCAUUGAACUGAUAAACUGUUCCUUGGUAAUACUAAAAGUAGAGAAGAACAUUUCCUAAAAUAGCUGCAGAAUCUCCUUUUAAGAUUGUCAUUUAACUAAGAAAAUGUUUCUUCACAACACUACCAUGAGGGUCAACACAAACAGUCCAAACCAGCUGCAGAAUCUCAUUUAAGAUUCUCAUUUAACUAAAACCAUCGCCCUCCAUAACCCUACCCUGAAAGAGUAAAUAAAUGUCAGAAAUAGUUGCAGAAUCUCUUUGAAGAUUCUCAUUUAACUAAUAAGAUGUCCCUUCAUAAAUACCAAAAAAAUAAAGAGUCAAGAAAAUGUCGAAAAUAGCUGCACAAUUAUAAAGUUUUUAUUUUGUCUACAAAAUAGAAAUACAAAAAAACCAAGACUUUCAAAACCGAUCACCCCCCCAUACACAAAUAUACAUGCAUCAAACAUAUCCAAGCACAUACAAAACUACACAAACUCAUAUGAUGGCAAAACACUUUUAAUUACCCAACUUCAAGACAUUUGGGCAGUGGACCACAGACCUCAAGAAACCAAAAGGGGGGCGUGGCUCCCCAACGCACCAUCCACCACCCAUGUGACCCGACAAC